UAUCGCGUAAAAGAAAAAAGAAAUCUCCCCGUCUCCUUCUCCUUGCCUCCUCCGCUCCUUCUCGCGCCGCCGCCGCCAAGACGAGUCGCGUCGCGGCUGAACAGGGGAGGGCCGGGCGGCGAUCUCCAUCUGGCGAGCAGCGGAGGGGAGGGAUCCUGAUCCUGGAUUUUGGGCAAAGGUGGGGGUGAAUUUGCACGAGGGUUUUGGUUGAUGGCGAACAUUCGGGCUCUUCUCAUCGGGUUGGUACGUGCCAGGGGUUCCUUGGUGGACAUUGGGCGAUGCGUUUCUUCUUCAAGGCCUUCAUAUCUAGCGUCACUGGGCAGACAUUACAAGGUUCCCAUGGAAAUUCGUUGGUUAUCCUCAACAGGGUUUCCUCCUCAUCUGGUGGUUGGGAUGCCUGCAUUAUCCCCUACUAUGAAUCAAGGUAACAUUGCAAAAUGGAGAAAACAAGAAGGUGAAAAGAUAGAAGUUGGUGAUGUGAUCUGUGAGAUAGAAACUGACAAAGCUACGCUUGAGUUUGAGAGCCUUGAAGAGGGGUAUCUGGCCAAGAUCUUAGCACCUGAAGGUUCAAAAGAUGUUCAGGUUGGACAGCCCAUUGCUGUCACGGUUGAAGAUCUUGAGGAUAUUAAAAAUAUACCUGCUGAUGCUUCCUUUGGAGGUGAACAGAAAGAGCAGUCAAUUGCAAGUGAAGCACAAAAGGUUGAAACGGAUGCUGCAAAAGAGAGCUCGAUAAUAACCCGUAUAAGCCCGGCAGCAAAAUUGCUUAUCAAGGAGCAUCGUCUAGAUCAGUCUGUACUGAAUGCAUCGGGUCCCCGUGGCACUCUUCUGAAAGGGGACGUUCUUGCUGCAUUGAAGUUGGGUGCCUCCUCAAGUUCAACCAAGCAAAAGAAUGCUCCAGCUGCACCAUCAUCUCAGCCAACUCAUGAUUUCCAAGCUCAAUCAGUCACCAUUCCACAACAAAAUGAUGCAUACGAAGAUAUCCCCAACAGUCAGAUACGCAAGGUGAUUGCAAAAAGGUUGCUUGAAUCAAAGCAGACCACUCCACAUUUAUAUUUAUCACAAGAUGUUAUACUGGAUCCCUUGCUCGCUUUCAGGAAUGAACUGAAAGAGCAACAUGGGGUUAAAGUUUCAGUAAAUGACAUUGUCAUAAAGGCUGUUGCACUUGCCUUACGGAAUGUACCAGAAGCAAAUGCAUACUGGAACAAUGACAAGGAACAAGCCCAGAAGUGUGUUUCAGUUGAUAUAUCUAUCGCAGUUGCUACAGAGAAGGGCCUGAUGACUCCUAUUAUAAGAAAUGCAGAUCAAAAGACUAUAUCAGCAAUAUCCUCAGAGGUUAAGCAGUUGGCUGAAAAGGCACGUGCUGGGAAGCUUGCUCCUAAUGAAUUUCAGGGAGGGACUUUCAGCAUCUCAAAUUUGGGAAUGUACCCAGUCGACCACUUCUGUGCAAUCAUCAAUCCUCCUCAGUCUGGAAUUCUUGCUGUUGGGCGUGGUAAUAAGAUUAUCGAGCCUGUGGUGGACAGUGAUGGAACCGAGAAGGCUACAGUGGUUACAAAAAUGAGCUUGACAUUGUCCGCUGACCAUCGUGUAUUUGAUGGUCAAGUAGGAGGCAAGUUUUUCACAGAGUUGUCACAGAAUUUUGGUGACAUUAGGAGACUGCUAUUGUAAAUGAAAGUUAGUACUAAUCGUGCUUUCAAAUAUUCUGUUGGAAAAAGGUUGGCCAAGAAAAAUCUUUCCCAUGCAGCUCGGAGCUUGGUUGCUUCACCUCCAGCACGUACAAAAGUAACCAAUUAUUUUUUAUUUUUUUAAUAAGGUUAAAUCUGCAUUUCCAAGUUUUUUUUCUUAAUUAAUAAUACUGGGAUUAAUGCCCCAAGAAUUUUGCAGAUACAGUGCCAUUUCGUCUUUAUGUGGCUGUGCAACAUUUAAUCCUUUAUUAGAUCCCGUUGUUUCAUGAGUAUUUCUAGCUGACGGAGCUCGCUCAACAUUUUUUUUCAAUGAUUUCUGAUACACAUUGCAGCAAUAAGAAAAUGCUAUAUUUUUGAAGCAUCA